AUGGGUCGUAUCGGUCACACCGGUCGUACGUAUCCUACACAACGACUUAACGGCGCAAAUGUAUUUAUGAGCACGGUCAUAUCAUUUUUAUCACGACUCGUGCCCCACUACCAUAUCGGUCGACCAGAUUUGCCUAUUUAUUUGACACCACUAUGUUAUGCACCGGACUUUCAAUACACAGAUCAGGCCUAUGUUAUUUUUCAACAACUAUUUGAGGCAUCCAUUUCCCAACACUCGGAUAAUUUAUUAGCCGACUAUUACUAUCAGAAUUAA